UCGUCUCGACACGGCCAGCGCCACACUGCCCGGUUCAGGUGCUCUCACCUUCGGCAGGGAGAUUCUCGGAUGGACUGACGCUCUCUUUGCGUUCUCGCUUCAUCAGUCAUCAUGGAGGAACUCCAGAGAAAACUGAAUCAGCGCUAUGAAGGCACCAAGCCCAGAAAGGUGAGGUUCAAGCUGGCGUCGUCCUACAGCGGCCGGGUGCUUAAGCAUGUGUACGAGGACGGUCAGGAGCUGGACAGUCCCGAGGAGAAAUACCCCCACAGCUUCGUCCACCGCAAAAUCCCUCCCAGCCACCUCGAGAUGGAGCAGCUCUGCGGGUUUGAGGAGACUCAUGGGGACCAGCAGGGUAUCUAUCCUCCAACAGGGCUCAUUGCCCAGAGAAUCAAUGUGUACAGAGGAAUGGGAAGCUACAAGCCCGCUGCCAGCCAAACCGACGAAGCCAUGGGAGACGGCAAAAACUCAGUGUUGGACUUUGGCAAGAUAAUCAUCUACACCAGCAACCUGCGCAUCAUCAGGGCGCCGCCGAGGAAGCCGGAGACGCUGCGGCAUCACACGGCGCCUCCUGCGGACCAGGAGGGACACCCGAAGGCCAGGGAGAGGGGGAGCAGGAGGAGGGCCAGAGCUCUUCAGGCGGAUGAGGCGGCAGAGAAGCAGAUCAGCGACACAGAUACCAAGGAGGCCGACAGCUGCCAGCAUUGUGGCGGCUCGGGCUGCGCUCCCUGCUCUCUGUGUCACGGCAGCAAGCUGUCCAUGUUGGCGAACCGCUUCAAUGAGUCCAUCAGUGAUCUGCGUUGCCAAGCCUGCUACCCCCAUGGUCUGGAGAAGUGCCAGUCCUGCUCCAGUAAAUAGCACCAUUUGGCUGACAUCCAUGUCUGGCAAAGGAGGAGAAAGAGAGAGAGAGGAAGUGAGUGAGUGAGGGACAGAGUGAGUGAGCGAGUGAGUGAGCGAGCGUAUGCCUGACCGGUUCUUCAGAAUUGUCUCAGUGGCAAUAUUGCUCUAAUCCAAAAUGUUCUUGGUGGGGUGUUUCGAGGCACCACUAGGAAACAUAAGCCAUCACUGGAAAGAGGAAUUGUGACUGUCCAAUUGGCAACAAAAUCAUGAAACACAAUUACUGUGUGCAGUGAACAUGGCUUCAGAUAACACAAACACAUAAUCACUUUUUUGUUGUUGUAUUGUUUUGCAUCUGCAGCCUUCUUCCUGAUAAAAACCUGGUUCCACUACAGAGUUAUCAUUUUAAUUAAAACGAUGCAAACAUUCUGCAGUUUAUUGUAUCUGCCGGGAAGGCCACCCUGUUCAUGUCCCCCGCUUACUGUUCACACGAGAGAGACGUUUUUCAUCCUAACAUGGCGUAUUGUACGAGGGUAAUUGAUGCCUUUAUUUUUUUUCAAAGGGAGGGGAAAUAA